AUGUCUGCCAAGAGGAAGGAGCCUGUGCGGCCCAUUUCCCUCACCUAUGACAUUGAUGAUGAACAGGAGGAGUUGUCAGUCGAUCCCAUCCAGCUCAAUGCAACCCUUCUCGCCUACCGACCCAUCGUCAGGAAGGCGCGGCUGCACGUCCUGCGCGAGUUGGCCAUCUACAUUAAACGCCUGAAGCGGAAACAGUCAGUCAUCGCGGACAACAAGAAGGCACGCAUUGGAAAGAAGAUUUUGGGUCGAUUGUCAGAACUGCGUCUGCUGAAGAAGAUGGAUACCAUCCGUCUGUGCAAGCUGCUUUUAGCAAAUGUUUCUACCGUCGAGGAGGUGAGUUUGGGGUCAUUUUCCAGGAAAUUGAGAAGCUGGCCUGACUGUUGAAUAUUGAUGCCUGUCCUGAACUGCGCUUUUUGUCAGUCCUCUGUCCAUCUCCGUCAGUUUUCACAAGCCCGUUGUGUUAUCUCACUAAAUGUUGAGCAAAAUUUCGAAAUGUGUCUUUUAGCGUAGAAGGUUGCUUGAGUAGGGUUGUACUGUUGAUUGUCUCGCGGCAUAGUCCUUACACGUUUAAGCCACGCCAGGAUGCCGGCUUUUGAAUGAACUUCUCUUCGGAGGUCUUCAAAAACUGCAUUUUAAGUAUGACCACUUAUAAAUUCAAAUGCUUCUGUAGAAAACAUGCACAAAAAUGGUCUAUCUAGUACUCGUUUGGUAGCAAAUUGCGCCUUUGCUAAAUUUCAUACUUGAAUAAGGAGUACCUUUUGGAUUUUAAAAUGUUUCUAAUUGUGAGACGUUUUAAGACCGUGAAAUGUCCAUUCAUACAGCACCUCAUCGGCGGGUUUAAUAGUACUACUUACAAAGUAUAAUACUGUGUCCGCCCUAAUUGCUCAGUCCCAUGAGUACUAUAUGACCUCUUAUUAACGACUUAGAGAAAUGUGUGAUAUUACUUUGACGGGAUGUAUACAGCCUGUAGUUUGGAAACCCUGAACGCAAGUUUAGCGACAAUUGGGAUAAAAAUAUUCGGGAAUUGACAAAGUUGUUAGAAGCCGACAGAUAUUCUGUUUUAAGGCAAAAAAUCGGAUAAUACGCAAUCUUCUACCAAAUGUGAAUUUUUCCAUAAAAAUAUUGGAAUAAAUGGUCCCUGGGAAAGGUAAACACUACUUAAGUAGUCAUUUUUAUUGAAUGUAGUUUUUGAAGACGUCCGAAGAGAAGCUCAUUCAAAAGUCGGCAUCCUGGCUUGACUAAAACAUCUUAGAAUUACGCUGCAAGUUAGUGGAAGUCUAGUUAAGUAAUAUUUUCUAGUCGAAAACGCAUUUCAGAAUUUCGGUUGACAUUUCAUGAGUUAACACACCUGCUGUAGGUCGCGCUCUGAACUCUCCGUGCCAAAGGUCUCUUUUUGUCGUCUGUUAUUGUUUCUGGGCCGGAAAUUGGUUUUUUCGGUGCCAUUAAAUAUAGCGUGGAAACCGUAGACAUCCGAUCGUCCUGUAUCCCUAUCAAGCCACUUGUAGGACAGCGGUUGAUUUGAAUUCUGGCAACGAUCAAAACCUAUCUCGUUGGUCCCUUCGCCUGUUAUAAUCCAAUUUAUGAUCAAACUUCGCAGCUCCUUCCCCAUUUCUGAGUUCCUGAACCUGCACAUCUGUUCUGCGCUCGUCUACCGGGCUGAACAUCUAGGGUUUCUUUCGGGGUAUUGGAAGUUCCCUUUUUUGCUAGUGAAUACCAUCUUGCGUGCUUUGUGUCACCGACUCCCUCCUCCAUCUAUCCUUUGCAUUUGCAGUUGUAAAUUUCCUUAAACUGGGUAGCACUUCUGUAGCACUAGCAGCGGUGUUCGCUGGAGGUGGGGGCGGGAGAGGACGAUUGUAUUUGUGCUUCCAUGUGUGUUUUAAUUCACGCCUGGGUCAGAUGUGGUUAUGUAGCCCCACCUGAAGUAAACAAACCCCAGCCACCUCUUAUACAGAACUGGUGGUAAUAGUUUUUGCAGGUGGGGCCGGGGAACGCACAGGCGACGAGGUCAAGUAGUUAUAUGCAAAAGACAAGUUAUUGGGAAUGUGCGGUUGUACUUUGAGUGGACGAGAAAUAGUUGCCUUAACCCUAAUCCCUAACUCUAGCCCCUAAUCAUAACCUCCAAACCUAACCCCAACAGUAUUGUGUCCAUCAGGUGGGGUUACAUAACCACCUCUUACCCAUGCCUGUUUUUGGCCGCCUCUAUCGCUGGGAUUUGAUUCCAACCAUCUGCAGUGAUAAUGCAAAUCAAAGCACCAUGUACCGACAACAGAGACAUAGACUCACUUUGUGUUGAUUCUAGUAUUGUUAAGGACACGCACUGACCCUGGCUCUCCGCCUUAUCUCCUUUCCGCAUUCUAGAUUGAAUUUUUAAUGCAUGCUUUCCAUGAAAUAUAUUUGGAUUUAUAGGAGCAUCAAAAAUCAAUGAGAAAAAUCCAUGCCAUUUAAGUAGUCAUUUUUCCUAAUAUAAUCUUUGAGGGCAGCCGAAAAUAAGUUCUUUCAAAAGCCGACAUCCUGGAAUAACUGAAGUAUCUUGGAAUACUUCUGCACGGCUAUUAAUAUUACAACCCUACUUAAGUAAUGCUUUUUAGUUUAAGACACAUUUCAGAAUUUCGGUUAACGUUUCCUGAUUUAGCACAUCUACUGUAUAUUAUUAUACACAUUGGUUGCACGACACAGCAUACUUGACGGCACAGGUACUAACUAAAGGCCCAGACUUGUGUUUCGCCGAUAUUUUGCCACCGCGAGGGGUUCGGCUCACCAAUGGGUCCGCCCCGUCUUUCCGCGUGUGCUUUCGAGUAGUUACUCCGACUUUAACAUUGCAGCCUUUUAAUUCCCCCUGGGGGCAUCCUUAUCGUUAUGCGUAAUACUUGCUGGCCUAAAUCGUUCCGGAAGCAGCACUUUUUCUCAUACAAAACAUGUUAUUAAGUAAUUUUAUCGAGGGAAAUGGUCAGAUGUCGUUGUGUAGCCCCACCUGAAGUAAACAAACCCCAGCCUCCUGUAAUACGGGACUGGUGGUAAUAGGGGGUUAUUACAGAUCGCACCGGGUAACGCACAGACGACGAGGUCAGGUAGUUGUGUGCAAAAGAAAAACUAUUGGGAAUGCGUGGUUGUAGUUUCAGUGGUUGAGAAACGGUUGCCCUAACUCUAAUCCCUAACCCCAACCCCAAAAGUAUUGUGUCUAUCGGGUGGGGCCACAUAACCACAUCUUACCCAUGCCUGUUUUGGCCUCUUCUAUCGCUGGGAGUUGAUUCCAACCAUCUGCAGUGAUAGUGCACAUCAAAGCACCAUGUACCAACCACAGAGACACAGACUCAUUUUGUGUUGAUUCUAGUAUUGUUAAGGACAUGCAAUGACCCUGGCUCUUCGCCCCAUCCCCUCUAGAUGGAAAAGGCAGGCCAGAACAUGAAUAAACAGGAUCGACUGGUCGUCAGAAUGGCCGCACGUCCGGAGGUCGCCGCAUUUGUAAACCAGUUCCGCACCCAACACACCGACUGGCCGACCCUGGUGCACUUCCUCCUCUACAAGAACACCUCUGGAAAGUGGAAGACUAGUGAACAGAAACGUCGUCGAAAGAAGAAGAACAAGGGUGACCUACCCUUCCCCCUCCCCGCCUCGUUGCCCUCGACGAGUGACGAAGAGGGUGAGGAUAGGGAGGUGGAGGAUGUGGACGGAUGCUCCACCAUCAAGAAGUGCGUAUUCGCCUUUCCGCUUUCUCCUUUUUUGGCUUUGACAUUUUGGAGGCGUUUAUUGCUGUCUGACACGAGAUCGUGUAAGAUGAUCCAUCGCACCGACACAUUUCGCCAGUUAAACCACCACAUGACCGCCCGACUGUAGUCCUCCGGGUAGUAAGAUCUUGUCCCGACUUUUGCUAAGAAAAGGACUUACUCAAUUUUUGGGGGUUGCGAGGCGACCGUGGUAUUGUGCGACUGGCUUUCUCUGACAUUUGUCGGUGGGCGCUGCACGUUAUCAUUUGCGUUGGAGAAGGGAGGCUAGAGUGACCAAGAAGACCACAAACCCAGACUGUGUGGUCACUAACCCAAGUUCUCAACCUUUCAGCCACAGCCUCAUGCCUUGUCGGUUGCGACCGAGCAUACCUAAGGUCACACACCAGUGAAACCCACUUUGAGGUUACUUAGAAUUAGAAAAAAGUCCGUCUAUACUCCCAGAAGGAGCCAGUCGAUGUCACUGGGAGGUGCGUGCGCGUCUAUGGGCUGCGUGCCACCUGCACCACGCUCUCGAUAACGUCUCGCUAUUGGCUGGAGUUACAGUUCUCCCUUAAAAUCUGAUUGGUCAUGCCUGCGAGAAGUUGUUCCGCCCCUCCAGUCCUUUCGUUUUAAAGCGAUCGGACUGUUACAAACACAGUUUUUCAGCGUGAACGACUUGUGGAUAGCAGUACAUGUUGUCGUGGUCGGGCGUGUAUUGUUCUUCUGUGGUGUGGGUGGUUGGAGACAAUAAUCAAGCACGCAUCCAGUUCGUGUCAUUAUUGAGUAUCAGGUCGGGUCGUGACAUUCUCAGCGCACCAUUGACCCCUUGAUUGAUUAUCCAAAAUCCCUCGCAGAAGCGUUCUGCGUGCCAAAGGUAUCUCUUUAAUCUACGGUACAAGUUGGCUGUAGUUUACCAUGUUCCUGUUGCGAUCUUGCGACCCUGUCUGUCCUCGGUUCGACCCAAGUCCAGGGACCUCAAAAGACUGCCUACGUGUUCAAGAGAGAAAUAUGGCAACUCGGGACAGAGAAUUCUGUUAUGCCAUUCGAACUUACAAGCGAAAAGAUGAAAAGGUCCCACUCAAUUAUUGUCUACCGGCCGACUUAAUUGCCGAACCCUCAAAACAGCAAAUCCGUUCCGACGUCCGAGAUCAUAUUACUGCUGUUAUCUAGGCGCCUUUCUAGGCUAGGAGGUAGGUUUCACCUGACACAACCGUCAUUUUCCAUGUCCUGAAAGUUUUCUCGGUAGGAGUCAACCACACGAGCUUAAUGUUACACUUUGGUAUACCUAUAAGCGACUAUGAGGGGCAAACUUUCCGGUUGUUCUGAUCUGGGAUGCAGCUGACGACGGAUAACACGCCAAAAAGUCGCCUUGACGGUUCCUUAGCAUUACCAUCAGAAGCUAAAAUUCCCUCACCCUUGGGGAAAUGCGAAGGAGACCCAUGUUUCCUUGGCCUUGCAUGUCGUACACACAAGCGCCUGUCAUCAGAUAUUGUUGGGAUAGCGUUUCCUACGGUAUAGAUCAAAAUGUGAUGCACCAAAAAUGGCAUCUCAGUCUCCAUGCGUUCUACAGAUCUGGACUUGGUAAACUCAAGUUUGUAUUACCACGACAUACCUACUUAUUUGACUUAGGUAGGCAUGCUACUCUAGAGAUUACCCGUGGCCAGUCGUUUAGGGGCUAGGAUUAGGAUUUAGUUUUGGAGUCCGGAUUUCACUGUCAGGGCUAGGAUUUAGAGUUAGAUUUCGAUGAAAUAUUUGGGCUAGUGUUGGCGUUAGAGUUCAGUUUGCUUGUCGCGUUAAAUCAUACCUAGUCCGGCCUUCUUUAGCCGAUGACCUUGAAUUACCUGUUUUCCGUCCGUUUUCGUGCUCUUAUAUCGUAUUUUUAAAAUUCUUCGGUGUGUUCCGGCACCUCGAGGGAACAAUAAAAUAAACAUAUUACAGAAAUGUGAGCCUUUUCAAUACCUUCCUAAGAUUCCGUUAAUUGCUGCGUCUACCCACCCUACGGAAAAAAAAUAUUACUAUUCUUCCCGUAUUACAGGAGUCCCUGUGCUCCUUUUUUCUUAUUGGGCUUAUAUCUUCAGUCCUUGCUCUUGGCUUUCCAUCAUCGAUUGCUAGUGUAGAAUUCUUGGUAAAUUGAGUCACGCGUAUAAGCCAAAACAGAUUUCGGUGUAUAUACGGUACUAUUGAUAGAAUAAGGUAAUAAUAAAAAACGUACAAAUUUCAACAAUGGAUACCCUAGACAAAUAAUUCCUUUGUUACUGUUCGAGCAAAUCGAAUUCCCAGCUCAAGGUCAGAAUACAAAAACUAGUUAAUUAAAAGAACGCCGAUCACGCCCUGAAGAGGGUUACAAAAAGUGGAAAGGGGGAUGUCAGCAGGGGCUAAAUGUGGAAGCACUUGCGUGGAGGGCGUGGAGAAUCCUAAGCGCUGACCAGCUGGAUACAACAGUUAGUUACUACGCGACUCCCUGCAAGUCCCUUUUUCUUGGCCGCUGAACAAAAUAAAGUUUGCAGUUUUUCCCACUACAUAAAACCUGAUUACACUUUAUCACCCAGAUUCGCAGCAUUCAAAGAGGCCCACGACAGACGCCUGCUUGAAGAGCAGCAGAAGUUGAUUGCUGACGAGGAGGCUGAAUUUGCCCCACUGCCCCCACCAUAUCCUCAGACAGCAGAGGCGAUGGAUGCCGACAGCGAUGCUGCGUCAGAAAUUGUGGCCAAUCUCAUCGCUCGUAGGCCCGCUGUCCUUCCAUCUAGCCGGUCUGAGGAAAAGACGGAAUUUGAAGAGGCAGGAAAGGCAAGGAAAAAUAAAAGCAAGAAAGAGAAGCCGAAAAAACUGCCGCAGCCCUCGACGCCGCCGGAUGAUCGCCCCCCUCGCGCGGAGAGGCCACCGAAGAAGGCGAAGAUACAAAAAGAAUCCUCUACCAAGACUGAUAUGACAGUCCCAACCAAGGGGGUCAAGAAGGCCGCUGUUGUGGAGGCAGCUGGUUCCACCAAAGUGGCAAAAAUCAACGAGUCAACUCGGCAAGUCAGUACUCGUCUCCUAACCCACCCAAAUUAUUAUCUUUAAUGAUGUACUACUGACUAUUAGUAAAUAGGCACAUUUUUACAGUUUUUAUUUUCACCGCACUCCCAGGACCGCUAUUAGUUCAAAGCAAGUUUGCAUGUUUCGCCAAUAUUCGGCAGUUGCACGGUGCAACUGCUGGAAGUUCGGCUUACGAAUGGUUCUUGCGUAGUUUCUGAGAUUGCUUGCAUUCGCAAAGAACCAUGGGCCGGGCAUGACUGUUCUGGUUGCGAUAAUUUGUGUUCGAUAGUGACUUGCGACCAUAUUAGUAAAACUGUCGUUAUACCAGAGUCCACCCGCACACCCUGAGAUCAAUCUUGUGCUUAACUUGCAGAAUAGAUGUUUGUCAAAAACUGUUUCGUGAUGGAUAUCGAAGGAUAAUUAAAUAGAAGACUCAACAAGCUACUUUCCUCAUCAAAAUAGUCGCUCCUCAAUGCAACGUUUUCGGGAAGGCGUCAAUCGACUCGAGAACGCAGAAUUUCUCGUUUUUCUUCGAAAUAACCUUUUUGAUUGCUACGUUCUACGCAUUCUCGUCUGACUUAUCGCGCCGAAGUAAGUCAAAUCAAGUGGUUUGGUACAUCCGAAAGUCUGGAAUAUUAAACAGGACAGCAGACGUUAUGUCUGUACUUAAAAAGUACCCUGCCAUCUUAUGAAAUGUUAACCAAAAUUCUGAAAUGCGUUUUCGACUAGAGAAGACUACUUAAGUAGGAUUGUAAUGUUCAUAACCCUGCAGCAUAAUCCCAAAAUAUUUUAGUCAUGCCAGGAUGCGUGCUUUUGAAUGGGCUUCCUUUCGGUCGCUUGCAAGAAGUGCACUUUGUAAAAGGUGAUUACUUAAGUAGUAUGAAGUUUCUAAGUCUAUCCCUAGGGCUCAUACAAAUUCAAAUAUUUUUACAUAAAGUAUGUACAAAAAUAUUCUUUCUGGUAUUUGUUUGGUAACAAAUUACGUCUUUAAAUUUUAUGCUUGAAAACAGAAUGCCUUUUAGGAUCGUGAAAUGUCCGUUGGUAAAGCGUCGCAUCUGUCCAUUUAUUAAUGCCGCUUCUAAAGUAGGCGACAUGCUCUACAUCCAUUACAAAGUUUUAUAAGCCAUAUACGACUUUUACCCACACGAAAGGUAUAUGACUUGUAGUUUCGAAACUAUGAAUUCGAUUGUAACGGCAGGUCAAGUUCAAAAUUGUUCGGGGGUCGAAGAAAUUUUUUAUACCGAAACAUGCCCUGUAUUCAAGUAUAGAGUUUACAGAAGACAUAAUUUGCCAUCGAAUGAGUUGAAGAAAGCCUUUUGUCCAUAUUUUCCUUAGAAUAUAUCAGAGUUUAUAAAGACUUCGAAAAUCGUAUGAGAAAAAUCAUACUACUUAUGUGGCCACUAAGUGUGCAUUCUGCAGUAGGCCGAAACUAAUUUUAUUCACAGACUGACAUCCUGACGUGACUGAAAUAUGCUUCAUGGCGAUUGGCCUUAAAAGCCCACUUAAGCAAUCCUUCCUAAUCAAAAACUCAUUUCAGAAUUUCGGUCGACAUUUAAUGAGAUAGCAAAUCUACUGUAAAUGUUUUCGGCCAGGACUGCUUCCUCUCAAUUUUUUUCAUGGUGCUGGCUUAAAAAACGUGUCCUUCUUCUUCCACACAGGCUCCCGCAGACUCUUUCUUCUCCGAGGUCAUUGACGCCACAGAGCCCCAAUCUGCGCCCAUCCUGGACGAUGAGGACGAGGCCCUCUUCGGUGCAGAUGAUGUGGAACUGAAGAAUGAGGUCUGUUUCCCGAUCCCCUAUCUCUUAUUCUUGCUCUGGAUGUGGUAUCGUCAUGUGCGUUCCCAUUUCCAGGUUUUUUUUUCGACUUAAAAAUGGGUAACAUGUUCACGCAGACGAUCAGUUGUCCCUAAUUCCCCGGCGUUUUUGGCAUGGGCGAUAGUAGUAGCCGUCAAUCUUGGCGACGAUGUAAGUUCUUGCAUUCCGCAGUAUAACAUGCUUGAUAUUUUGUGCCAAAACCUCAUUUAACAGGUCGAAGAAUCAUACCUUGUACACUGUCGUUUCCACGUCCAAUUAAGCUGCCCCAGAGCACAACAUUUUCAGUCAUACGGAUUGUACCUCGAGAUCGUUUUUCUGCGUAUGAACUUCCUUAUCACAUGUCGCAGUUCGCCCUUGAACGUCUCGAGUUUCCUCAUAACCAGUGAGCUCUGCCGUCAAAUUGACCUAACCUUCUCCGCUGCCCAGACAACAACACAGCCCGCCUGACCUUGAGGAAGAUACUUAGUCAUACCCGUGCUGCACACUCGAGUGAUGAUCAAUCUGACUCUCGGAUUGGUUCAUCCUUAACCAAUGCUUAAAGCUCCCCUUCGGUGUCUGAUUGGCCCUUCCCUAACAACAUAUAAAGCUAUUCAUGCGUGCCGGCUCGCAGUUUACACAUUUAUGCUUGCCCUGCACGGGUGACCUUCCGACCGCGGACGACUCUGACCGGUACACUCCAUCCUUUUGACUUGAUUUGAAUCAGGUGAUUGGAGCUGGUUUGGAGAUCCUCAUGCCUAGACCUCUCCGUUCUUACCUGUUUUUGCAAGCACAGUGCCCUCACCAAACUGCAGCAUUCCCGGAGAUCCCCAAGUGUUAGGUGGGCCCUUUCUACUGAGGGGCGUGACCGUCAGGCGGAGAUAACCGAAUCAUAUUUAGAAGCCGAUAUCGGUUGAUUCGUAUCCGCACAAUGUUUAAUUUUCCCACACUUCCAGUUGCGUUUGAUCUUGCCCUUUACGCUUCCCUGAAAAUUUGUCCGUUGAACACAACGAUGAUCGCAGUUGACGUGAAAACAGUGGUGGCUUGCCCUCGAAAUGGAUUUGGGUGGGGAGGGGGGGGGAGGGGAAGAAGGACUUACACCGUCGACAUGCAUCGUGAUUCACUGGCUGACAAAAUUUGGUCGAGAAUACUGACGAAAAAUUAUUAGACACAAAGCUCCCGUCUAGGCGUGCCGCAGCACGGCUGAUCCCAAUCACAUAUCGGGGCUGGAAUGUGCGAAUAGCAUCAUCGGCGUUAAGGAAGCGCUUCCGCGAGACCUGACCGAUGACGGGCUGGCUUACAUCCUGCUGAAAUUGCACUUAACCAACAUUUAUUUCGUCUUCGUGUACACGUCAAGAAGUCAUUUGCUCGCAGCUGCAAGACUUGCUUUAAAGACCCCCCCGCCGUGGCCCGCUGAUUGUUGUCGGAGACUGGAAUGAUCGGAUUUGGUCAGGUGAUCAUUGAAACAGUCGCCUUACUAGCCGCCUUAGGCUUGACUGCCGAUGCAACGAUGGCGAGUGUUGACCUUCGCUGACCAGAGCGGUCGAACCGCCAUCAGCACGUGCAUCUGGCCUCGCCGCAAAUAUCUGCUGAUCUCGUAUUCAAAAUACCGCCAUGCUGCCGGUGUGAUUUACAACGCUUUGUUCAGUCCGAGGUUCAAGGUAGCUGGUUUCGCGUCAACAGACCGAUGCGUGGCGCCGCAAUUUACAACACCUCUGGGUCAAACUAUGCUCUCAUUCGGCACGCCUGAAAGUCCACCUCUUAUCACGUGCAGUCCACCUUAAUGUUGUAAAAUUACGGCAAAUCGGCAUAGCUGAGUCGCUGAGAGCAGAACUUUGAUCUAUUUUUGUAUCUAAAUAUGAGGAUGCAGUAACACAUGGUCAUAAUUCAAGUCCUCAGUCCACGAGGCAGAUGGGAGAAUCGUCGGAUCCAGUUAGCGACCUCGCAAUGGCUGGAUCAGUAGACGAACCCUGUAGUUGUAUGCCCAGACGGCCCUCAAGGAUAAUUCCUUCCGCCUACCCCGGAAAAUGGCAGCAAAGUCGGUUAGAGAUGGACCAAAAUAGCGACCUCCGCAGGCCAGGGUCUAGACGUCAGCGACACUCAAAAAUUCCACCGAAAUAUUCGCCAAAUUAGUAGUAGUCCCUCCGCACUAAGUAUCUGAUUCCACUGCGAGUAACGACCUUGUUGUCGACAACUCGACCAAGGUUUAUAGUUGACGGGACCACUUCGAGUAACUUCUCAAUUUCGUUGACCAAGUCAUCACCGCCUGCCCUCCUUCGCAACAGAGUUGUAUUCCUCUCCAGCCAAUUCCGUGGCGCUUAACCCUCCUUCGCAGGAAGAAAUUGUCAAUACAACAGCGAGGCUGCUCAAAAAGGUGUCUCGAGUGUAAGGUCUUCGACCUCUCGAAACUUAAAAAUAUGGCCGAGUUCCAUGGGAUGAGCCGCCACCUGAGAGCUAGCGUCUUUCCUCCUUACCACUGCUGUGUGCUCAGCCAUCCGUGUCCAGAAUAGCCUCCCAGUCUCUCCGACGUAGUUGCCCUGUCCACAACUGUGCCAGACCCAGUAAACGACUCCAGACGUUUCCCACCAUGGCAGCGGGCCUUUUGGCCUCAUGACUUGGCGCCUGAUGGUUGCUUCCGGCCUGCGUGCAACCCCAACUCCGAGUGGAGCGAGAAGGCGGCUGACGGUUCCUGAGACGUUUCUCACGUACGGAAGAGCUCGUCAAAAUUUAGGACCGGUUGGGCUUGGUUUCUUGUUUCGUCUGCAUGCUCAUUGGUUGACAAAGUUGCCGAGUCAUAAUCACGCUAACGUCCAACACGAAUGAUGACAUUGCGGCAUUUCGGAUUCUCACUUGAACCUACCAUCAGAGACAGUGGCAGAAACAGGUUUCUGACCGUUUCUGUGACUGCCUCUGAUGAUAGGUCCAAGUGAUAAUCCGAAACGUCAGGUGAAUAAGGCCCCUGUUCCAGUGAUCGCUUCUUCUUCUUAUCAACUAGUUCCUGAAACUCGCAUCUUCGCUUGUAUCGACAUGGUGACAAUCAACGACGCGGACCCGGACGGACGAGCCAUGCGCCCUUCAAUUACGACCCCCAGCGGUGCUCAUGAUAGCUGUUUAUUAUAGUGCGCAUUUGGCUCCACGGCAGCUACUUACUAUGGAUACUGCAGUCUUUGUGCCCCCAAUACUUUUAUCUGCAGCCGUCUCAGAUGAUGGGUUUGAGUGGUCCUCCUUCCCUGAUACGCUGCCGCAGGUCGUCAUUCUUGGAGCAAUGCAAUCCGCGACAUCGUCGAGGCCUGCCAAAUCAGGCAUUAUCGCAGGCGUAUUGAGUGCUGGCAGUGAUCUUUCGCUGGUUAUACAUCAGGGUAGUUCGGAGGCAGAUGGUGGUCUCGUAGAGUCUAGCCAGACGGAGUGACUCUCCUCCUCUUUUAAUUCCAAAAAGCAUAUGUUCUCAAGUUCUCAGCGUCCUAGGAGGGGGGGUAGGGGUGUCACCGCCAAGACGGUCAGUAAAACUUCAGAAAUUUCCAAUCAGCUCUCGUUGGGCCCCCGUAUUUGGAGUAGUGAUCUGUACAGUGCGCGGUCCAACCUGGUAGACGUAUCUGGGCUCAGGUUAGCAAAAGUAAGAGAUCCGGGUCGAUAAUUUGAGGAAAAGGAGGUGCAUACCGGAUCGAGGGGCUUGUUUGGCUGACGUUUCGAAGAGCUUGGGCGGCUCUCCAUUAUCAAAGCGUCCAGUGAAAAAAAUUGAUCGGAAUUUUGAAUAGACAGCCGAAUUUGUUGGCCUUGGGCUGAUCGAUAUUUUUCUUCUUUCGCUGCCCUAGCCUACUGGCCGUCGCCUGUGAGUGUUGGUGGCCUCCUGUAUUGCGUGUCGUCACCUCAGUUGGGGCUAGUUGUGUUUGCGUCCCCCUUUUGAGAGAAUUGGUCGACAGGCCGUGUUUGCUCGGUAUUCUUAGGCUCCGUAUGACUGUCUUGUCUUCGUCACGGCGUAUGUAGUGACGUAGGACUUUAUAGGCCGAAGGAAGGUCUAGAUGCCUAAUGGAGUUGGCAUCUGAGUACGAAGCCCCAAGUGUGAGACGUUCUGUCCUUUAGGUGCCCCUGCCUACGACGGCUGCUCCUUGAAAAUCAAAGCUGUAACCAGUUUCCCCGACGUUAGCCGCAAGCUGUGAGUUUGGGUCUAGUCUCCGAGUUGCCAGUUUGUGCUCAUGUAGGCGGGUCUGCAAUUUCCGUCCGGUUUUUCCAACCUAGUUACAGUCUCCAUCGUUACAACGUAUUGGAUGGACAACUGCUGAGGUUUCAGUGGGUGACAGUAUGUCUUUGAGUUGCCUCAAACGACGGCAAAUUGUUGCCUGGGGUCGAUGGGCAAUGCCUACCCUGGCGGAUUGUAACAGUCGUUAAACCGCCUCGGAGACUCCUUUGAUGUUAGGUAUAGUCCUCCAGACUUCGGGUUGUUCUUCUUGUGGCCUUCGUCUGUUAACUCGGCGCUUGCUUUGCUUGAUGAAGUAGCUUGGGUAUCCAUUGGUUUGAAAGAGGUCAUAAAGGUAUUGUCGUUCAAUUCGUUUGUCGGCUGGUGUGCGGCAGUGUGUUUCAACUCUUUGGAAUAGAGUACAGACACAGCUGCGUUUGUGAGAGAGGGGUGAUUGCUGUUAAAGUGUAGUAUUUGUCUUGUGUUGGUGGCUUUUCUGAAAACGGUAAUUUGUAUUUGCCCAGUUGCACACCGACGCACAAGGACAUCGAGGAAGGGAAGUCGGUUGUUUGUUUCGGCUUCCAUCAGGAAUUGGAUAUUCGGGUCAACCGAGUUCAGUAAUUCAUUGAGGUGCUCCACGUCAGAUGAUUUGACAAUGGCGAUGGUGUCAUCGACGUAACGAGCCCAGAACUUUGGUUGAUACUUGGUGAACACCAAGUGUUUUAUCCCUUGAAGGAUCACUUCAGCCGUGACGAAGACAAGACAGUCAUACGGAGCCUAAGAAUACCGAGCAACCACGGCCUGUCGACCAAUUCACCCAAAAGGGGGACGCAAACACAACUGGCACCAACUGAGGUGACGACACGCAAUACAGGAGGCCACCAACACUCACAGACGAUGGCCAGUAGGCUAAGGCAGCGAAAGAAGAAAAAUAUCGAUCAGCCCAAGGCCAACUAAUUCGACUGUCUAUUCAAAAUUCCGAUCGAUUUUUGCACUAGACGCUUUGAUAAUGGAGAGCCGCCCAAGCUCUUCGAAACGUCAGCCGGAUAAGUCUUUCGAUCCGGUGAGCAGUUCCUUUUCCUCAGACGUAUCUGGGUCGCAUGCGCGCUGUGGGACGGUCAAGGACUUCCAGAGGUCAAUCCGUUUUAGCUGCUGCUGCUUAUGCUGUCAUGUUUAUGCGCAGAGAGAGAGGGACGAUCGAUUGCAACCGCUAUGUUUUGCUGAAGGCGUCGUCGCUGCAGCACGGGCCACACUACCUGGAGCUGUGCUUCACGCCCAUUUGGCUCGCGCCACAGGCGGGCUUACUGACACAGCGAGCGAGCGAGCGAGUGCGCCGGCUGGCGACAAAACCGGGCGUCUCCGUGUUGCGGCUGCGCGUUGAAUGGUUGGCAGUUUCUGCAGCACGCCUCGUGGGUGUGUCUGUGAUGCCGUAAAUGCCGAUUGAACGCUUCACGAUGCUGCGUGUUAUCCUUGCGCGGAGGGGCCAUGCUAAUCUCUGUAUUAGUCCAAUUUCAGUAUGUGUGCGGCCGCCUCUCAAACGGGCCACGCGGGAAAUAUGCAGGACCAACACGGGAGAGGGGGAAGGUAGAUCGAAGUCCGGAAGACGUUCUCGAAAAUGCGCACCCAUAACAAAUGCCAGCAUUCGGGGUCUGGUGGCACGCCCAGUUGCCGGUUCAUGUCACGCCAAGUGGGAUCCGCGCCGCCCUCCUCCCCCAUUUUCCUGGUGUAUAAGCUCCUCGUCAGUGUGUAUUGUGGACUGGAGGGUGUGGUGAUACUCCUAGGUGCGGAUUCACGCCGUGCUAACUGUUUGCGUCCUCUCUCGCCUCCGGUAUUCUUUCCUCUCUCUUGACACCGGUUCCAGACGGGGGGGGGGAGAAGAGAGUGUGGUAGGUGUUUCGUAGGUCUACUAUCAAUAUAUGCUAAUUCACGCGUAAGCCACCGUUCCUGCUCUCACCCUGCUGUGAAACACGCGGUGGACAUGGUCGGCGCCGACGGUCAAACUAUCUACUGUCAAAUGCCGCUAUUUGUCGUGUGGGCAUGACACAAUCACCCAUCAGGCCUACUUGUAAGUACGAGCAAUUCCACUUUGCUUCGCGGAGCCGCUUUCGACCACACGUAGGCGGACGGAAGUCCAUAAUGGUGAAGUCUUUUACCACCACUGGACACUGGGAUAGGCACUUUUGACGCACCUUCAACCGUCAACCAGCCGUUCUCCAAUCUGCGCUCUGUAAAACCUCAGAUUUGAACUCCGUUUCUUCUUUAUUGAUCAUGGAGCUUACCGUCCGGAUGAUGCGCGGGGGAAGGGUGAAAAUGAGGUCGACUGUCAGCGCAUUUUCCCCACAAUGAACAAUCUGACGCGCUUGAGACUAUCACGAUGCGCUGGAGGCCGUGGCUUAGAAGGUUGUCAACUGAGGGGAUAACUCCCUCACUUGACAACCUCCAGUUUUCUUGACUCUGUCAUGACACGGGGUCCAGAUUGGAGGGGAGAGGGUGAUAGAUCCAGUGCAAGCCUACAUUCACUACUUACCUGCUGUGGGGCACAACGUGGACAUUGUCUGAAUCGACGGUCGAGCUACCAACCUCGUACGAGCUGAGUCAUUGGAGUGCACUCUGUCGGUUGUGGUUGGACCCAGAAACGACGCCUCCUUGACUCUGUUCGUGGAUUAUAAGAUCUAGUAGCAAUGGGUGCUCUCCAUUCCGAAAGAUGGCAUCAUCACCAUGUUCCUAUUAGUUACCCGAAAGGUAAUAUGCUCAUGAACCGCAGGGGCAAUUUUCGGUUAACAAUCCGCCUGUACAUCGUACACUUGUUGGCUUGUUAUCUUUACUGUUACCUGAUGGCCGGGAAGGCGGACAGUGGGUUACACACUGGGUCCGAUUGUGUAACUGAGCUAACCGUCCCUGUUUACACUGGCUAGGGACUUCCUCAGUGUCUGACUCUGUGCCUUCUAGUUUCCGUUUUUGUGGAAUGUUCCCUGGCGUACUUUAAGCACUGCGUGUUUCCUUCAAGGCUAGUCUUGUUGCCAUAUCCCCGCCUCCUUCGCCAUUGACUGGCGUUGGGUUUUACUGAAUUGUUAUUUGGUUGUCGCUGUAGGCCCACGUCACCAGUUCAGUGGCUGCCUUGGCACUUCGACUGUUUGCGGGCAGGUGGCGUGAAUCUGUGACCAGUUCAACAACACCAACUUGGGCCAAUCAGCGAACACUAGAUAAUCGGUUGAUGCCAAAGCUGUUACGCUCUCCCCCCCCCCCCCCCCCCCCCCAGCGAGUGUCCUCUGUCCUGCCCUGUUUGAGCGUCGCCGACUGACAAGUCAUUAAUAUCGUUGGUGUCCCGUUGGCAUGCGUCCUUAGUCUAGUGUCCUCUACGCUGGUUCCACACCUUGGUAGACCCCUUGAAUGACCUCUCGGUCAUGUCUCUCUGGCUUCCAAUUCGGGAGGAUGACUGGCCCUUCAAGGCAGAUAACUGAAGAAGGCCAGCGAUACCACGCAUGAUCUGUCUCUGUUUUCUGCUACUUGGCCACGGUGAGCAGCUGACCGAAAUAGUCGGAGUCAACUCUGCCAUUUAGGUACUAACACCUUUCCAACUAUGGUCAUUAAGGUCAGCCGGGAACAUCGUCGAUAGAGGACUAGUACAUCAUAGCGUUCAAACUAGCUUGAGCAAAUUUCCGCGGUUAUCCGUAUUGCAGCCCUUUGCCCGUCCGCUCUCCCCCACCUAAGUAGUAUUUUCGGCAAGGGUCGGUGCAAGCGGAAUGUAGACUCUGGAAGUAAAGUAAGCCAAAGGGGGAUGCCCAAAUCGUCAGUGGGGAAAGUAGCCGAGGUUGGAACGGAAAAGGCAAUCUGAUUUAUGACAUAUGAAAAGAGAGUACGUGAACACAUACCGGCCUGGCUAGGCAGAGGUGAAAAGAAAUUGAUCUCGAGUUCUAUCCUCGCACAUCUUGUCGAUACGAAUCACCGAGUCGAUGCCGAAGAAGCCUUUCAGGUUGUCUUUCGGACACCAGCAAGCUUCUCCAGAGGCCUACACCAACGGGUGCUAGUUACAGCAGUGGCCAAUCCAGUGCUAUGCUGUCAGAAGACUCUGACACAGGCGCUCUGUCUUCCGUGGUCAAUGCCGAAGCCGACCUCCUGAUGGUAGUGGUGUGUGCACAACGUACCCGACGUACAAGCAUCACUCACAGCCUCUGUCCCCCCUCCCCCUUGGCCCAAUGACCACGACACGCCGACCACGCCAUAGCACGCCUCGCCAUGCGAGUGGCGUGGGAACGAUGAGUGGCGCGGGAACGAUGAAUGUUAAAAUUCCCUGAAUCGCUUGUAAGCCCUGUAACUUCGCAUAAUUUAAAUUUCUAUGUAACCCUUUUGGCCUGAUGAAGACUUACCGAAAACACGUGUUUGCCAAAUUGACUUUUCAAUUGUAACAUGGGAAUAUUCGCUGAACUAUGACAUAUCUGUCGCGAGAUCGAGGGAAGCCUAGAAUCCCCACAAAAGACCUGACUCUACAUGUGCGUGAAGCUCACCGACUUGGUCUCCAAUUUACCUUGGAGCUCCGGUCACAACCCCAACAGGCAAUUGCAUAUUUUUGAGGAAUGGACGAUCCAUGCAACCAUUCAGAAUUCUGGUCGCGCGCAUACUUUAUUUAUUACCGAACUUCUAACUGGUCGUGAAUGCGUUAUACAUCGGGUUUGAUUAAGUUUUGGAGCAUGUUUUAUGGCAUGUAGGUUUUUUAUUUACUCAAUUAUCGGUCUUUGCUUCGAAUGCGUACGACUUCCUGAAGCCCUGCCCAGUAGAACAGCAGAUAUGGAGGACACCUUUUGAAUUUCCCGAAGAGGACUACAGCAGAUGUGCAGUCUCAUGAAAUGGUAACCCAACUUCCAAAAUAUGCUUUUAAUUCGAAAAGAUUGCCUAAGCAGGGUUGUAAUACUAAUUAGUGUGCAGCACAAUUCGAAGACAUUUCACACAGGUCAAGAUGUCGGCUUUUGAACGAGUUUCUUUCUGGCCACCUGCAAAGACCAGAUCCUACAGAAAUGGCUAAUUUAAGUAGUGUCCAUUUUUGGCAAGGGUCGGUUACGCUGCCCUGGUCCCAAGUGUAAGCAGAAUGUGGGCAUCGAAGGUGAAGUAAGCCAAAGCGGGAUGCUGAAAUCGUCAGUGGGGAAAGUAGCCGAGGUUGUAACGGAAAAAGCAACCUGACGUAUGACAAAUCUGCCGCGAGAUUGAAGGAAGCGUAGAAUCCCCGUAAAAGACCUGGCUGAAGGGACACGCGGGAUAGCAAUACCCCAAAGCUGACGGUUUACCUUGCCAUAACCCUAAAAGUAAAUCUAAUCCUUAACGUAGUUAUGGACUCAACGCUAACCCUAAACCUAACUCAAAUCCUAACACUAACCCUAGCCUCAACCUUAAUACUAAACGCAAACCUAAACCGCAAUCCAAACCUUAACUCAAACCGGAAGCCUUAAAAUUAACACGAACUCUAACCCCAAACUCAAUUCUCAGCUUGACACUAACCCAAACCCUAAAACUCACCGUACCUCUAGACCGAAACGUCAGGUUGCCCUUUUACGUUUUUAUCCUCGGCUCCUUUCCCACCAACUAUUUCAGCAUCCUCCUUGGGCUUACCUUACUUUCAAUUCCCACAUUGCACUUAUACUGGGGACCCGGACAUCGUAAAUGAUCCCUACCGCAUUUUCUUAUUGUAAAAUUCAAAAGGUAAUUUGGCGAGCAUAUGUCUGCUUUCGAUAAAUUCUCUUCAGGCCUGUACAUUUCUGUGUACAGUGCUCCACCAGUCCCAUCCUAUACGGAAAGGGCAAGGACAAACUACCAACUCAGACCACCUCUAUGUGUAUUUACUCCUCCACCUGCUCCUGUGGGGCAGAAUAUAUUGGUCGCACGAGCCGGCGUUUAUCCAAAAGAAUAAAAGAACAUGGUAGAGGGGCGCUCACCGAUCUUUCAUACGGAACUCACUCGUUCCGUCGUGCCUUAAGGGCUCUCUCUCUCGAGCCCAACCAGUAGCCGCACAGCGGCGCAUGAUAUAUAGGCAGAAUAGUAUUACCGACAAAGACAAGGGAGACUGGGAUGGCCAUUUCUGGCUUAUUAGCCGUCGUCAGCCAGUCAUACCCAAGCCCGAAGUGUGGAACACCCGAGCCUCGAACUCGCGACCUGUUGGUUUAGAAGUCCACGCCUCUGCCCACCGGGCCACGAGCCCGUUGCCAUUCUGCCUAUGUAUUAUGCGCCGCUGUGCGGCUGCUGGUUGGGCUCGAGAGAGAGCCCUUAAGACACGACGGAACGAGUGAGUUCCGUAUGAACGAUCGGUGAGCGCCCCCUACCACUGUAUAUUCCCGAUCGAAAACCGACAGGGCAACGGGCUCGUGGCCCGGUGGGUAGAGGCGUGGACUUCUAAAUCAACAGGUCGCGAGUUCGAGGCUCGGGUGUUCCACACUUCGGGCUUGGGUAUGGCUGGCUGACGACGGCUAGUAAGCCAGAAAUGGCCAUUCCAGUCUCCCUUGUCUUUGUCGGUAAUGCCAUUCUGCCUAUAAAAGGACAUGUCCCCACAUGGUUAGGAAAGGGUUAAAUAAAGAACACCAACAGCUCGAUCCUCGCGCACAUGACAGACACAGACCACAGAGAGGCCUUUAGAGUGAUUUACAAGGUCCCGUCAAGCUAUCCAAAAUUACUUGGGCAGCGCUUUCUGGCUACGGCAGAGGCGGCUGCAGGCAGGUAGCUGACGGCGUCCGAGACGUUCUUCAUGUACGAGAGCGCUCGCCAGCACUUGAGGCCGGUUGGAUUGGAUAUUUCGUCUCGUUUCCGCAUACAGUGGUUGGAGAAGUUGCGCGGCUAACCAUUCGCUCCGAGAACUCGUCGAUGAUAGUGCUAGUAACCAACCUUGUCUUCCGAUUCACUCCAAUGCAUCUCAACACGCUGGUAUAGCACGUUUACAAAACUGUGCUUGUGGAUGAUUGGUUGGUUGCUGUCGAAGUUCCGUAUUCGCGCCGUAUUUGUCGCUUUCCUUAACACUUUGGUAGAUGCCAGCGAGGCCUUUAGAGUGAUUUACAAGGUCCCAUCGAACUAUACAAAACUGCUUGGACAGCGCUUGUUGGCUACGGCAGAGGCGGCUGCAAUCAGGCUACGCAGACCAGUCCUAUGCGCACUGAAGAACUUCAUACAGGUCCCACAGUUGCCAUGGCUCAAAGCCACCAAGCCAGCUACCGGGGACCCACCCUCUCCCUGGCGCUGACUGAAAUUUUGGUGUUUCACUAUCCUCCUCCCCUCCCCAAACCCGAGCUACAGCUUAAUUAUCUACUUGCCCGUAUCUUUUGCAUUCAUUACUUCAAUAGCCAUAUAAAUGUACAGACCUGAAGAGAAUUUAUCGAAAACAGACGUCUGCUUGCCAAAUUGCCAUUUGAAUUUUACAAUAAGAAUUUUCGCAACUCUGGAUUGUAUAUUGAGGAAUUUCUGUCGACGCGCUGUGAGCCUUAUCGCCGACUCCAUUGUGUCCGCGUGGUCCCAUCUCUGUUCCCUCAUGCACUAUUUCCUUCGUCUUCUUCUAUAGAUUCGAGCGAAAAAGACCCGCGAAGGUGGGAAGACGCUGCCCGGCCGAGGCGCCUGGCAGCGAGGUGGCCGCGGCGGCUCGGACAGACGAGGCUGGGGGAGCACGCGUAGACCUCGUGGGGGUCGCGGCGGCGGCGGCGGCGGCGUCAACUACUCGCGCAAGAGCCAAUCCGACGCGGACACGGCUGGUCUUCAUCCCUCCUGGGUGGCCAAACGGGAACAGAAGAAGCAGGCAGCCGCGAUAACUUUGACUCCGGCCUCUGGCAAACGCGUCGUCUUCGAGGAGUGA